AUGCAGACCAAGCACUUCUUUUCCGAUCCGAACCAUCUGGUUCUCACCGCACUCAACUCCCUCACCCUCACGAACCCUUCCCUAGCAUUCGACGCCCAGAACAAGAUUAUCUUCCGCCGCCCAGAUGCUCCCCGUAGGCCCGGCAAGGUCUCUAUCAUAACCGGCGGUGGCUCGGGCCACGAGCCUGCAUUCGCGGGCUUCGUCGGCAAAGGUCUCUGUGACGCUUCCGUGGCUGGAACCAUUUUCGCCUCGCCCUCGGCAGAGCAGAUUCGCAGAGCUGCAAUUGAUCGAGUCCCCACGGACGCUGGCGUCCUGAUUCUUCCUAAUAACUAUACCGGUGAUGUGCUGAACUUUGGUAUGGCUGCGGAGAAGUGCCGCGCUGCUGGUAUUCGCACCGAGUUCUUUGCGAUCAAUGAUGAUGUGGGUGUUGGUCGGGAGAAGGGUGGUAAGGUCGGUCGUCGUGGUAUCGCUGGUGGUGUGCUUAUUCUGAAGAUGACCGGUGCUCUCGCCGAGGCAGGUGGUUCUUUGGAGGAGGUUCACAAGCUCGCAGAAUUUGCCAAUGAGAAUUUGGUCUCCAUUGGCUCUUCACUUGAGCACGUCCACGUCCCUGGCCGUGGCGUGCCGGAAGAUUUCAUCCCUAAUGGCGAAGUCGAGAUUGGCAUGGGCAUUCACAAUGAACCUGGGUCUCACCGCACUAAGGCUGACCUGAACGAGACGGUCUCGACUAUGCUCAAGCAGCUGCUCGACCCGAAUGACACCGACCGCGCCUUCGUGAAGCACGCCCCGGGGGAUGAUUUUGUUCUAUUGAUCAACAACUUGGGUGGUGUUAGCCCUAUCGAGCUGGCCGGUAUCACUGACGAGGUGCACCGUCAGCUCGUCCGCGAUCACAAGGUCAAGCCCGUCCGGGUCAUCCAGGGCACUUUCCUGACCAGCUUGAACGGUAUGGGCUUCAGCCUCUCGCUGCUGAAACUGGCUGACAAUGGCCUGGGCGAGGGCAAGUCGAUGCUUGACCUGAUCGAUGCUCCUGCCGAGGCCGUGGGCUGGUCUGCCCCCAUUGACCCCUCUACAUGGAACGAGCGUAUUGACACGCCGGUGGAGCUCAAGGCUUCUAAUGCCAUUGAGGAUACUCCCAGCAACCUGAAGCUCGACCCAUCCAUCAUCAAAAAAGUCCUCAGCGCCGGUCUCAAGCGCGUCAUCGCUGCCGAGCCCGAAGUCACCCGCUACGACACCAUCGUCGGCGACGGCGACUGUGGCAUCGGCCUCAAGCGCGGCGCCGAAGCAAUCCAGAAACUCCUCGACAGCGCCUCCCCAGCCCUAACCGACGAUGCCGUCAACACAGUCCUCCGCAUCAUCGACGUCGUCGAAAACGUAAUGGACGGUACAUCCGGCGCCAUCUACGCAAUCUUCCUAAACGCUCUAGUCCACGGCCUCCGCGACCAAGACACCGGCUCCAAUCUCCCCGUCACAACCGAUGUCUGGGCCAAAGCAUUGAAGCACUCCGUCACCGCGUUGGCCAAGUACACGCCCGCGAAACCGGGUGACCGCACGAUGAUCGAUGCGCUGGUACCAUUCUGCGAUACCCUUCUCGAGACGCAGGAUGUGCGCGUUGCGGCUGCUGCCGCGCAGCAAGGCACUGAGUCGACCAAGAGUAUGAAGGCUAGUCUUGGUCGGUCGGUUUAUGUUGGUGGUCAGGCGGAGUGGAUUGGGAAGGUGCCUGAUCCUGGUGCUUAUGGGCUUAGUGAGUUUUUGACUGGCCUGGCGGAGGCGGUUUAG